AGCAGGCUGCCGCCUGCCCUCGUCGCCCUCCUCGAGGACGGAGACGUCCUCAAGGUUGGCGUCGGCGUGCGCAACGACGCGCUCAAGCUGCAAAAGGACUACGGCGUGCGGUGUGCCGCUCUCCUCGACCUCGCGGCGCUGGCUGCUAAAGCGCUGCCCAACGAGGAGCGGGGCUGGAGCCUCGCCGAGCUGACCUCUCGGCUGCUGAGCAGGCAGCUCGACAAGCGCGACACGCUGCGCUGCUCCGACUGGGAGGCGGCGGUCCUCUCGCCGGAGCAGGUGGAGUACGCGGCUCUGGACGCGUGGGCGAGCUUCGCCGUGUAUCAGAAGCUC